CGCUCGCGGGCUUCGCGUCCAUCUGCUUCAAGCUCCCUUCGCGAAGCGGGCUCAAACAUGUGCUUCCGUUGCCCUAUAAGAAGCCCUCGCGACGGGGCGUGCUCGUGUUCGCACCCUCUCGACGGCCGCGACGACCUGCUCGGACUCGGCGACCUCUGCGCGCGGCUGUGUAACGUGUUCAACCUCGGUUCCUCGUGAAACAGUCCAGCCUCGCUCGGAGCACGCGUCGAGCUCGGAAGUUUUCCGCCGCCCUCUUCAACCUGACCAUCGACCACGACCAUCCAACCACUCCCUCCCGCCGCUCACGAACUUCAACACUCCCUACUUGCUCUCCACUAGCUAUGCUCGCACUCCACUCGCCACGCUGGCUGCUCCUCUCGCUCUUCCUCGUCCUCUGGACCUGGACCAAGGGCGGCCGGCCCGAUUCCCGCGGGAGUCUCUUCGGACUCGGCGUCGAGGCGCAGAUCAACGGCCUCAGCAGCUGCGCGACGUCGUGCGCGAGCAGCGCGUCGUCCCAGGCGGGAUGUGAGCCACUCGACAUGGCCUGCUCCUGCGCGUCCUCGUCGUUCUUGUCCUCGGCACAGUCGUGCAUGGCCUCGGAUUGCGGCUCGUCGGACGCCCAGCAGGGCAUGCAGAUCCUGCAGAACGUAUGCGGCGGUACAUCGUCGACGACCACAUCGGCGUCUUCCUCAGCAUCUUCGUCGGUCUCAUCCGGAUCCACGGUCAGCAGCUCCUCCACGACGUCGGACUCAAGCUCUGCGUCUACAAGUGUCUCCACCACGGACAGCAGCUCAGCCGCGUCUAGCAGCGCCUCCGAGAGCUCGACCGACUCCUCGAGCACCGACGCCGCAUCCUCCACCGACUCGUCCUCGUCCUCGUCUGCGACCGACGCGUCCUCGACGGACUCGGCUUCCGCCUCGUCCACCGAGGCGUCAUCCUCGUCAGUAUCCUCUGCCUCGGAGACGACCAUUGUGUCCCCGUCGACUGACACGUCUGGCGUCAGCGUGUCCGUGGUGUCCACCACGGACAUCGUGCAUUCGACCUCCGUGCGGCCGACGUCGACGAAGCUCGUGUCCGCCCCGCCGACCGUGACGCCGACGAACUCGACCGGCGCGGGGACGCGCGUCGAGACUGCGGGGGCACUCAUGACGGCGGUGGCGGCACUGCUUACGCUGGUGUGCGCUUGGUGAACGCCUGGGUGCCAGGACCGCCGCUCGGAUUCGCGGAGGACGCGCGGUGUCUGGGUGAGCGCGGCGGAUUGACAGCGGGAAUCGCAGGCGUGUGGGCCCGCUGACGGGAAUGGCGAGUGGAUGGAUUGCGGGAAGUAUUUAUU